ACUCGCUUGUUCGCUGUGCGCGACAGCAAGACGUUUGCGCAUUUGGCAAGGUGGACGCCGGAGAGGAAGGGCGCGUGCGUGCUACCGUAGUUCAGGCAUCUUUUAUAUUCCGAGAGCUUCAUGGCAGACCCUCAACCCGCUGCUCCAGGGAGCUCACGGAGGGUUACUUUCCGAUUAGAUGCUACGAGCGUUCCCGAGAGGUUCGAGAUAUUGUCUCAUCCCAACGAGCCUCCGCCCUCUUCAUCCCGCCGUCAACGGGCGCAACAACCUGGGCCUGAAGACCCGAAUCCCGAUGACGACGGAUCAGAGACAGGGUCGCGACCUUUCCGAGUACUUUGCCUUAGCAAGAACCAACUUUACAUCGCCUUAGCAAUUCUCCUAUUCGGGGCGGUCUUGUCUUGCUUACAAUUCUACUCGGCCUACCUGCUUCAUCAACGGGAGUCGCCGGCGCCGUGGGCCUACUGGCGAUUGCGCAAGAACGACAACGGCAUUCCACGCAUACUGCUGUGGAAUCGCAUCAUGAGGCCGCUUUCCUUCGACCUUAACGUCCGGGGUCUACACACGCGCUGGUCGUCCAACGUGACCACCUGCCCGCUCGACGGUGACGUCUUAGUAGCGUGCGAAAUCACAGACAACCGUACCCGCCUCAUGUGGAGCGAUGCCGUCGUGUUGGAGGCAGAUCGGCUCGAUACCUUGGACCUUCCGAGCGACGAACGCAAAAUUGCGAUGCACACCAAAUUUCCGAUGUGGAUUCUGUGGGCGCAGGAUCACUAUUCGCCAUCGAGCAAACUGCCGCGCAACUUUGUCAUUGGUGAAGAUGGCAGUUCUUGCCAGAGUAUUCGGAAUUGCUUCAACUGGACCAUGGGUCACCGGGAGGACGCCGACGUCGUGGUGCCUUACAAGCCGUGGCGCUGCGGUGUGCUUGGAGAUGCGGCUGUGGCUGGCAUCGCAGAGCGCAACCGUAAAGCGAUCGCCCGUUCGCAUCACUUGAAACCAGCUGCGUGGAUUGCCGGCCCUUGCGAGGAACAUAGCUACCAAUUAAUGCGCUACAGGCACAUGAAUGAAGAAAUGGACGCCAAACAUCCCACCACCCCGCUAUUGUACCUCGAUCUGAUUCGCGGCUGCGGAAGUGGAUUCUGCCAGACGAGGCAGCAGUGCUUGCGAUAUAUUGCUGCAAACUAUUACUUCAUCGUCGUUAGACUGGAGCCUGACUGCUUCCACAGCCAGUACGAGCUCAUCUACGACGCCUUCGAAUACGACCUGGUCCCUGUCGUGUUGGUGCCGCCCAACACGACCCUCAACGUCCCGCCUCAUUCCGUGGUGAGCUCGGCAGACCUUCAACAGUCUGGCGAGCUAGCUGGAUUCCUGAGUUAUUUAAUGAGGAACAGUGCAGAAUACAAGCGCUACUUCGAGUGGAAGAAGCGCUGCUCCUUCAUCGCCAACGUCGUCGACCUUUGUCCGCUGUGCCGAGCUCUUCACGAGCCGUUCGCUCGCCAGCCGAAGAAUCCCGACGCCUACGACUGGUGGACGGCACGCGCGAUAUGCCACGGUUACACUCCGCCUUUGUAUGGCUUGGACUGGGCUUUCGCAGACCCAAAAGAUCCUUGGUAUUUUUAGCCAAGGAUCUUCGCAGGUUUUUUUUUUUUUUUUUUUUUUUUGCUUUGCCUGUGCGACGUGUGCAACGUGAUAACGGCAUUGCUGUCAAUUUAUCCAACAUUGGGCUCUUUUUUUUUUGGAUGCCCGGGCUGCUGUUCUUUAAUAUGUAGUUUGCGAAAUAAACAUUGUGAUUAGGUGUACAAGA